AUGUACGGUCAGCAGUUUCCACAAAACAGCCUUUAUGGCACCCCUAACAUGAUGUCAUACCACGGUGUGAUGCAACCACCGAUUUCUCCCCAGGGAACAGCUCCUGGCAUGCUGUCAAACUACAAUAACAACCCUAAUCGUGGUGGAUACGAUGCCUCACAAGCCAACCGGAAUAUGGGACAACGCCAACCUCCGCGUCAGCGCAAUAACGAAAUUGGCGAGGUGAGCCGUGUUAUUCAUAUGCGCAACAUUACCCCCAACGUGACGCAGCUGAGCAUUCAGAAUCUUGUUCAGAACUUUGGAAAUAUUAAACACAUUGUUAUGCUUCGGCAGAUGAACCAGGCACUUGUAGAGAUGGAGUCCACUAAGAGCGCACAGCAGUUGGUGGACUUUUUCCGUCAAACAGGAUAUGCCGAAAUUGAUGGAAGACGUGUGUACAUUCGCUACAGCAAUCAUCAGGAGCUUACUGCCACUCAACACACAAGCAAAACGCUA